AUGAAAAGUAUUGAAAUAUAUGGGUUCAUAGGAUGGAUAGCCUCUUACAUAGUGUUUUUCAUUUAUUUAGCAUGGGUAUUUUUACCAGAAUCAGCAUUACAUGUAAUUAAUUGAUAGUUACUAUAUGAAAAGUCAUUAGGAAUUCAUUAUUUUCCUUAGAAAUAUUGGGCUUUAGCAAUUCCAAGUUUUUUAGUAGCAACAAUUUUGGCAGUAAUAACUGGUUAUGCAGCAUUGAAUUAUUGUUUUUGUAACAAUUUUAAUUCUUAUGAAAAUAUUGAAGGUAUGAAUAUAAUUAAUGAUGAUUAUAGAUAAAUAUACAAGAUGGCAUAAUGUAAAGAAAACAGAACUUCAUGAAGGAUUACCAGAAGUAUAUGAUAUUCCAAUAAAUGUUGUGAAUAAUGUAUUAUAUUGGCAGAAGGAGAUGAUUGAAAAAUAUAUACCUAAACAUUAAGAUUGAAUUGGCAUA